AUGACAAUAAAAGGCACACGCGCUAGUGCCGGUUAUAUCGGCGGGUACGCAGGAUAUGGUGGUUACGGAGGCUAUGGAGGAAACGACGGCUACGCAGGAGAUGAUCACGGUGAUUAUUACGCCUACCCCAAAUAUGCCUUCGAUUACUCAGUGAAAGAUCCCCAUACUGGUGACCACAAAACACAGUGGGAGACCCGUGACGGAGAUGUUGUAAAAGGUGCAUACUCUCUAGCGGAGCCUGACGGUACAACACGUAUUGUGGAAUACACGGCUGACAAGCACAAUGGAUUCAAUGCUGUGGUCAAACGCAUUGGGCACGCGCACCACCCGCAAGUCUACAACAACCACGACGAUGGUUACUACGGAUACCACUAG